CGCUGAUUCAGUGACUCCCUGACUCACUCCAUUUAAUCCAUACGAAGGUGAACAUCUCGAGUUGAUUCACUUACCCCUCUAACUGGCCGUAUCGGAUAUCAUGUAGUGAAUCCAGCAUGAUGAUGAAGGUGAUGGUGAUGGUGAAUCUUCUUGUGGUACCUGCGUUUUGUACACAGGCAACCACGACCUUCACCCCACAUCCAUCACCAUCACGAUCAUCAACCUCACUUCUUCACCACCCUACCUCACAACCCAACUUCCUUUCCUGACUACUACUUGAACCCUUUCUCUCUCUCUCUCUCUCUCUCUCUUUUCUUUCGUUCAUCGCCAAACAACAAUCCAUCUCCCCGCACAACCUGGCAGGCAUACUAUCUAAGAACCUCUCCAGCAUCAUCCAAGCGCCGCGCCUGAUCGCUCACCCCCCUCUACCCCAACAACCUCAACUAACCUGCAUUCACCUUUUCUCCACUCCGGCAUUUCACCAUGUCGAUGCAACCAGCUUCGAUGGCAUCUAUGGCUGGCACUGACGCCCCCUCCCUCUUGCUAGCUAUCCCUCUCGAGGUACGCCAUGUGAUCUUCGAGCACGCUGCCGAGCGACAGGUGCCCACUAAGAAGCUCCUCCGGCGAUGGCUCGAGAGGAGGGAUCUCGAGCAAAAGGUGCUGGAACACAACAAAAAGAAUCACUCAAAAUGUGUGGCAUUCGCUGGUCCUGUUUGCGGGGAGGUCAUUCAUUGGUGCGCUGGGUCUGCAGAGUAUGUGGUGAGCUUGGCUGAGACCGGUGACGAAACCGAGAGUGACGACUACGACAGCGACGACAUUGGCAGUGAAGAUGAGGACAACGCAAGAGAGAGCGAAAGUGAGGACGAGAACGAGGAUGAGGACGAGGACGAAGCCGAAGCCGAUGCUGACACAGAUGACGCAGCCGAUUCAGACCUGGAUAACUCGGACGAUCAUGAGGGCGAGGUCGAGACCGACGACGUUGGGCACAACGGGGAGAAUGGAGAGACGACGGACGCACCAGGGAGCCCUUAUUCUGAAACUAUUAACCCUGACGAAGAGAGCCAUAUCCUUGCGGAUAUGUUUCCCUCAACGGGAAACGCAAGCUUGGUGAAUGGGGCUCAAAAUGCCGGACAGCAAGUAGAGGCAGGUGCCGUUGGCACACAGGAUGACGACAGCGUCCCCGACCCUGAACAACACAACAAUACGGGCGAAGGGGACGAUGGUGGCGCGGAUGUAGAGGCUAGGGACGAUGCUCCCAACGCUCCCCAGCAUGGCCGUAAUAGUGUACAGGGUGCGGCCACCAAUAUUCCCAUCUCUCCGCAUCCCAUCUACCCACAUGCGAAGUGGCGCCACAUCCCGAGAUUCGUGCGCAUGUCGCACCCGCCUCCGGCCUUGUCGCUGCUGCUAACCAACAAGGAGCUGAGGAACGAGGCAAUGGAGUGGUAUUACGAGGUUGCGACUCUCCGCAUCUAUGCCACGGCUAGCAUUGCCCAUAUGAGCAUGUUUGAACUCGCCCUCUCGCAGCUCGAGGCAGCCGGAACGUCGCCUCUGGACAAGAUUCGCAAAGUGGAGAUCCUCUUUGUCUGGGACACAGAAUGGAUGCGCGAUCCUCGUCGACAGUUUUGCGAGAUCUGGGAGGUAUUCGUACGGCUGCGCGCCGAUGCUAUGGUCCAGGCCCUGCUUUGUGCCCCUGCGUUGCGGAGCAUUACGAUCGCCUGGCACGACACCGUCUGCGAUGCUGCGAGCACUACCUUCAAGCUCAGCGUCUUGGACAAGUUCGAUGUGGUACCGGCGGACAUCAAGAUCGAGGAGCAUUACCUCGAACCGGGCACGAAGCCAAAGCGUAGGAGUGUUUUGGGUCGCCAGCGCGCCGCCUUCCAGGAGUUCUUCGACGAUGGUUGCCAUUGGAAAUGAGAGUGGCGUGUCGAUCGCGGACGGACAUGCAUGUCUUAUCUUGCGUACGUUUUACCGUAGGAAGGAGACUUGAUGUUCAGGAAAAGCAGCUCUAGGUGGACGUGUGAGGUCGCCCUUCUUACACCUUCACUCGACGACGCGAUGGCGCGAGGCGACUACUGGCCGGUUCUGCGAUUCCAUGAUUUUACGAUGAACGAAUGGAUGAAUGAAGGAACGAACGAACGAAAACGUACGAUUUCCUUUCCAUCGAGCGUGUGGCCACCAACAAUGCUUUUCUGAGGCCCGCCGAUUUUUCCUCACUACCGACCUUGGUAGCUUAAUAGAAUACGACAAGCUUCUCUCACAUAAUAAUAGUAACAAGUGGGAAGCUUAUAGUCAGCCCCAUAGCAAGCAAACAUAAUAG